CCGCCAUGAAAUGGUUCCGACCGGAUGUGUGUAAAGAUUUAUUCCACAUACCAUCGCCUCGUUUGACAUCCACGUUUUGGUGUGGACGCAUUGAACUAAGAGCGCCACCAGGUGAGCAAGAAUGAACCUGGAAAGAAAAUUAAAAGGUUAUGACCUGGUUGGUCUGCUGGAGCACCUCUGUGGCCUGUGGAACAGGAAAGAGCAGGAGGAGCUGCGGCAGGUGUUAGCAGAAAGCUUCUCUCAGAUGACGGUGCCUCUGGCUGGGCUGCUGGACGUGCUGGAGAACUGUUUUACCACCCAGAAGAACAAAUCUACCAACCUGCACCAAUUUAUCCUCGCAGAGUUCACACGCUGGAAGACAAAUCCCAAGGCCAGUUUAAAAGGUCUUGGGGAUGAAGAUAGGCUGAGUUUACAGCAGCGGGCCUUGGGGCUCCUGACGGACUCGCAGCCGGGGUAUAUGGACCCCCUGCUGACCAUCUACCAGCUGAGCUCACUGGAGAAACCGCUGUUGGUAGAGCAUGUGUCCUUCCUGCACGGCUGCUGCUGUUACAAAGAGGCGCUGGUGUUCAGUGUCAAAGUUGAUCUUCAGAAAGAUCUUGACAUGGAAAAGAUGUGUGUGCCUCUUAUUCUCCUGGACAAACUACCUUUGGCAGAGAUGUAUGUACGCGGUCACCCAAACCUUCAGCAUCGGCUGGUCACGCUGCUGGAUUCCUGGUGUGCUCCAGACUUUAACAUUCACACUCUGCUCAGUCAGUACCCACAGCUGGUUCUCUCCAAGCAUCAGACGGAUCAGAUUCACCCCAAACUCCUCAGCAAACACGUCUUCAGGCUGAUGGAAAAAUUCUGCAUCGACCCUAGUUUGUGCUUGAAUUCGGUCUACAAGAGAAAGCUGGACUCACUGAGAUUUCUUAUGUACAAGACAUUCGGAGAUAAAUCAAUGUCUGAAGACAACUGGAGAGAUCAUGUUCAGGCAAUGGUUGAAGGUAACACAGAGCUGCAGGUUCAGUUGUUGCAGCUGUUGGUUAAACAUUGCAGCCUCCAGACCGCUGCCCAGUGGGCCGCGCAUUACGCCAUACCCAGAAACAGGCUUCCCAUCGGGGUGUGGGACAAGAUUCAAAGCCUCUCCCCCAAGCAGCUUGAAAUUAAUUCGGGGAGCCCCCUUUCUGAGCCUUGGAUGCCCCCUCGGUCUGAUCAGCAAAAAUACUACCAGCUCCCCCUGGCCAGAGAAAACAUCCACUUUGUAAAGACAUUAGAUGAACUUGAGCGGUGCAAAGAGGCGGUCUUACAGGAUGGUGUUGUGGUGGGAGUGGACAUGGAAUGGAGGGCUUGUUUUGGCACCAUAUCCUCUCAGCAUGUGGCUCUGAUCCAGCUGGCCAUACGAGGACAGGUGUUUCUGUUGGACCUGUGUUCUCAAGACAUCAGUCAGCAUAGUGCCACAGUGGGCUUUAUCAGAGAGCUGCUUUCACACAAGAACAUCCUCAAACUGGGUUAUGGGAUGUCUGGAGACUUCAAAAGUCUGGUCAGCACGUGGCCUGAGCUUAAGGAGGAACCUUUAAAGAUGGAGGGAGUUCUUGAACUUCUACACGUCCAUCAGGAGCUUCAGCGCUGUCGGUUGGGCCGCAGAGGGCGUCGCUCAGUGGAGGUGAGUGAGGGUCCGGCAGAGAAGGGUCUGAGUUUGCUGGUGCAGCAGGUGCUGGGAAAGCCAUUGAAUAAAAUCGAACAGCUUUCCAACUGGGAACGUCGACCACUCCGGACCAGCCAAUUCCGUUAUGCAGCCGCUGAUGCAUACUGUCUACUGGACGUCUACCUUACCCUCUCAAAGGACCCGAAGGGCUACGGAUUACAAGAGGACUUCCGCACCAUCCCCUUCACCCAAAUGUCCAAGAGUCGUAAAGAAAGGAAACCCAAAGACAAGAGCAAUAAAGCUAAGAGAAGGGAGGCUCGUCAAAAGGAGAAUGAGCAUCACUUUGUGGAGGAUGAGGGCUUCAAGGUAAAGUCAGAAUACCAGGGGCCCACCAUUACCCCACAGGAUCUACGGGUGGUCUGCGAUAACAUGCUACAGGGUCUGGGCCGUUACCUGCGCUGUCUGGGGGUGGACGUUAAGAUGCUGGAAAACACAGAUGAUCAUAAAGUAGCAGCAGAGCUUGCCCGUGCCGAUGGUCGUGUCAUCCUCACGGCAGGUCAACCCUACCAAUCGCUCAGGUCACAGGUUGCAGAGGGCCGCUGUCUGACACUUGACUGCUCAGAAAAAGCACGUGACCAGGCCUUGCGUGUUCUCAGGCACUUCCAUGUCUACCUUACCCCUGCCGACAUCUUCAGUCGGUGCCAGGCCUGUAAUUGUGACGAGUACCUGAAGCUGCCUAGAGAGGAUAUGACACGUAUGAUGAAAGAAAGAGGUCUUCUUCAAAACAUUGUACCCAAACGGAAUGAUUGCAUGCCACAGGCAGAGACGCAAGCAGAUUAUAAUAGCUGGAGACCCCCAGAGGGCCCCCAGUUCACCCCUCAUUGCCGCUGGGCCCCACAUACCGCCCUGGACCCCCAGACCCUCAAAUUCCCCAGCGGGGCUGAAGUUCAGAUUGAGACGGUGCCCCCGGGGCUCCUUCCACGGAUUCCAGUUUACUUCAUCUGCACCGGCUGUGGAAAGGUGUUCUGGGAAGGGACCCACUUUGACCGAGUGCUGUCGCAGUUCCAAGAGGUCUUGCAUAUUGAAGACGGGGCCACAAAUGUAUGAGAUCGACUGGGGGAAAUCCCAAGUGUGUAAUGCUCUAAAUGUUGAAGUUCAAUUUUCAAAGCGAAGAACCUCAGAUUUGGGUUGUUUUUAUGCUUUUUACAAAGUUGUUUUCCUUUUUAUAUACAAUUCUUAAUUUCUCUGUUGGGCCAUAAAAUGGUUUUUAUUUAAAUAUUUUACGCAAACAACCUUGUUCACUUUCACUAACAAUCCAAUACAGUUUAAGAAAACUUGUUAAAAUUGAUCUAGUAGUUUAUUUAAUCUGUUCCAGUUGUCUUAAACCAAAAACGUGUUUGCUUGAUAUUGUUUGUUUAGUCUUCAAGUCAUCGAUUUUGCAAAUCUGUCAAAACAACAAAAAGAUCUCCUGUUUUCCUUAAACGUUUGAAAGGACGAUAUGCAAGUUUAUAAAAGGAUGAUAUGCUCUCAUCCUUUCCAAUUCCAAUAAAACAUGCUCAAACAGAGCAACCUACA